UCCAUCGGCUGCCUGCCGCUUCGCCUCUCGCCUCCUCUCCUCGCCUCGCCUCGCCUCUCCACUCCCCCACCGCGCCGUUCUUUAAUGGGGCGAGCCCAACAACAAACACUGACACAAGGAGAACACCACCCGGUUCCCAGACCAGACCAACUCCUCCUCCCUCCCUUCCUCUCUCCCCGCCCCCACUCCUCCUUCCCUCCCGGGGAGGACAGGACAGCAGAGCCCGUCCACCACCAACCCACCGCCACCCGCGUCGCCAUGGCGCAGCCCGGGCGAGGACGGGACCCGGAGCUGUUCGCGGAGCUGUGGCGCGCCUGCGCCGGGCCGCUGGUGGAGGUGCCGCAGCGCGGCGAGAGGGUCUUCUACUUCCUCCAGGGCCACCUGGAGCAGCUGCAAGAGCCGACGGACUCGGCGCUGCUGGCCGAGCAAAUCAAGAUGUUCCAGGUGCCCUACAAGAUCCUCUGCAAGGUCGUCAACGUCGAGCUCAAGGCCGAGGCGGAGACGGACGAGGUGUACGCCCAGAUCACCCUGCAGCCGGAAUCUGACCAAGACAACCUGCCCCUCAUCUGCGACCCAAUUCUGCCGGAGACGCCCCGGCCAGUGGUGCACACCUUCUGCAAGAUCCUGACGCCGUCCGACACCAGCACCCACGGCGGCUUCUCCGUGCUCCGCCGCCACGCCAACGAGUGUCUCCCGCCGCUGGACAUGGCGAUGCCGACACCGACUCAGGAGAUCAUCUCCAAGGACCUCCAUGGAUCUGAGUGGAGGUUUAAGCACAUCUACAGAGGUCAACCCCGCAGGCACCUUCUGACGACCGGAUGGAGCACAUUCGUCACAUCAAAGAAGCUGAUGGCUGGCGAUGCCUUUGUCUACCUAAGGAGUGAGACAGGAGAGCAGCGUGUCGGAGUGAGGCGCCUUGUGCAGAAGCAAAGCACGAUGCCGGCGUCCGUUAUAUCAAGCCAGAGCAUGCAUCUCGGGGUGCUUGCAAGUGCAUCUCAUGCUCUCAAGACCAACUCCAUUUUCGUGGUCUACUACAGGCCCAGGUUAAGCCAGAGCCAGUACAUUGUCAGCGUGAACAAGUACCUUCAAGCUAGUAAGACUGGAUUUACUGUGGGCAUGAGGUUCAGGAUGAACUUCGAAGCAGAAGAUGUCCCUGUGAAGAAGUUUUUUGGGACUAUAGUUGGUGAUGGUGAUCUUUCUCCACAGUGGUCAGGUUCUGAAUGGAAGUCACUCAAGGUCCAAUGGGAUGACUCGGUCGCAAUUUGCAACGGCCCUGAGAGGGUUUCUCCUUGGGAAAUUGACUCAUCUGAUGGCUCCUCGCCUGCCAUCAGUGCACUGCUGCAAUCAUCGGCGAAGAACAAGCGUCCAAGGGAGACAAAUGAAAACUUUGAUCUUCCAUCACAGGAGCCGACUCAGGAGUUUUGGCUGUCUGGAAUGACACAGCAGCAUGAGAGGACAUAUGUUGGUUCUAGUGACCCCAACCGUAUCUCUGGGUAUCAUCAAAUUCUUUGGCCAAGCAGUGAACCCGCAGGGUAUGGUGCCAUGAGCAGCAGUUCGGUUUGUCAAACUCCAUUGGGGCUUGGUGAUGGUUGGCCCAAGGAUUUCAACCCUUCAAGCCAGGGGAUCUCUCCUACCCUGUCAGAGAUUACUCAGAAGCUGAAUCGGGUUGCCAGCAGUGAAGGAAGAACUCCUCCUCCUUGGGCUACUGCACUUUGUGGUGGUUACCGGGCUGAGGAACCUACUUCCAAGCUGUCCUGCAACACUACUCUGCCUCUGCCUGAACAGGUUGCACCAUAUCUGCCCAAAGUAGCUGAAAAGGCUAAGGAACCCGGUGUGGUUCGUCUGUUUGGUGUGAAUUUGAUGGAGAACACCAACAAUGCUGCUGCUCCUACUGCUGGCAACGCAAGUGCCGGAGCCGGAGAAACUUCAGCCAGAGUUGCUGGUUCUGUUGAAGGCUCUGGUCAGCUGUCAGCAUUUUCAAAAGUAACAAAAGUCGCGAACGAGAGCCCCCGAGAAAUCCAAAGCCAACAGAAUAAUGCUGGAAGGAACCGUGUGAAGGUUCAAAUGCAUGGAAAUGCUGUGGGUAGAGCUGUGGAUCUAGCAAGUCUGGAUGGGUAUGAGGGGCUGACCAGUGAACUGGAACAGAUGUUCGAGAUAAAGGACAUCAAACAGAACUUUAAAGUGGCAUUCACCGACAACGAAGGUGACACCAUGAAAGUCGGAGAUGAUCCCUGGAUGGAGUUUUGCCGUAUGGUGAGGAAGAUAGUGAUCUAUCCCAUUGAAGAUGACAAGAACAUGGAUCCUCGUCAGACGUCGGUCUUAGCUGCUGCUCCAGAUCCGGAUCCCAAGGCUAACCUUUAGAAGGGCGGAGGGGUAGGAUUUUUGGAUCCUUCCACAGAUGAAGCAUUGGUUUGCAGAUUUGUGGUAUUGAAUCCUUUCUUCAGAAGCACCCCGAAGAAAGAUUGAUUGAUAACAUAGGUUUCCAGAAAGAAAAAUGGUGGUGACAAUUUCUCUUUAGUUGGCUGUCAAAAAAACAAACAAAAGAUUGACAAUGUCUCUUUAGUCGUUUGCUUAAAUAUAGUCGAAAAACCCUAAAGGAAUAAAGUCCGGGAGGUAUAAAGACUUCUGGUGUAAGUUGUGUACAUAUUAUAUGAGAGAUGACAAUCAUAUGACAUCUAGUUUAUGUCCUGUUUUAA